AUGUCAGAUUUGCAAAUGCGUACACAUACGCCGCAAAAACCAAAGUUGGUAGGUCGCGAUAUCAAAUACGCGGAUUGCAUUACCCAGUACGCCGAGCCACGAAUACACGAAAUAAUACACAAAAACAGAACAGCGAAUGCGAAAUACAGCAUACACGUUGCCAAAAUGUCGACUACACCUCUCGAUCCCGGCAAACGCUCAAAUUCUCGUUCCCGAACGUCACGACCUACCACCCCGCUGCGACCUUCAUCCCGAUCAUCCUUUCGCGAGUCCGCGCGAGGUGCUGGAGAGCAUGAUGCGCCAUUUCCGCUGAAUGCAUUUGAGCCAGCCUUCGCUGAGCUUUCCGAUGCCAUGGCCGACCUCGAAGCGAACAUGAUGCACUUUCAGCUUAUGCACGAGAGUUUAGCGAGAUUCAGCGAAUCGUUCGCGAGCUUCCUUUAUGGCCUGAACAUGAAUGCCUUCUGUGUUGAUUUCCCAGAGGGACCUGUUCCAGAAUCUUUCCGCAGAGACAGAACUCAACCAGAACAACCCGCUGUGACCCCAUCAAAAUCAGAGGCUGAUGCAGAAAUGACGUUCAUGACCACUGACACGUCCUUUGUCGAGAAUCCACCUACUACCACCAAGUCUUCCAAAUUCACCACACCAGAGCCUCCAAAACGACAAUCACGUCUCCCUGCUGCUCCCGGUCGAGGAACAUCGUCUCGGGGAAGAUCGACUCGCGGUGUUGGACGUAGCCGGCCUAGUGGACUGGCCAGAGCGCGCGGUCGAGGUGUCAGGUGA